UUCCUCCUCUCCCUCCUUAGUAAACGUUUGGAGGCGUCAGACUCUCUGUCGUUUGGUAACGAGGUUUUUAAGGUGUCCUUCCAGUCCAAAGGUUUCUAUCCUCUGUUUGGAUGUCAGUAUCACUUCAGCCUAGAGGACGUGGUCAACGUCCCAGAGUCCCUCGUCUACUUCCCUCUCUUUGAACACAUGGCAAAGCGUUACAACAUGCGUCUGGUGGUGAAGCAGAGAUUCUCUGAGUUCUUUGAAGAGAAAGUGAAGAAGGAGCAUCAUCGCAGCCUCAUGAUGAAGAUGAUGGCUCUGGAGCCGUUUCCCGGCGAGGACAGCGGUCGCCAGGCAACAGACAGCAGAGCUGAGUACAGUCAUGCUAAAGAGCACAGCGGCAGAGCCGGAGUCAAACUACCACUGGGAACUCUGAGCAGAUCUGAGUGGGAAGCAGCCAGUAUCUACCUGGUGUUCGUCUUUCAGAAGAUGUCCUGAUGUUGAACCUAAACUCUUCUGCAUUAUGUUUGUACAAUGUUAACUUUUUUCUUUUCAAGUCAUUUUUUGAUAAAGUAUGAACUGUUGGUUUGUUGUCAAAAUAAAUAAAAAGUAAAUGUAAACUCA